AUGUCGACCUGGAACAAGCACUACCACUGGAAGACCAAGGGCUGCACGCCCUGGGCCAAGAACCACAUCACCGAGGCGACCGUCGGCAAGUCGGUGAGCGUGGGCAAGAGCGGCCAGGUCAAGGUGGAUCGUCUUUCCUCGUUCGAAGGAGAUGUCGAGCUCGGGAACCGCAAGGGGAAGCUUAUCACCAUCUACGACUGUGCCAUCACGUACGCCUGGUCCGGAUCGUCGGACGACGGAACCGAGGCGAGCGGAACCAUCACGUUCCCAGAAGUGAGCCACGAGGUCGAGGACGAAGGCGACGAGUACCGAUUCGAGACCGAGAUGACGACAAAGUCUUCGGCGCAGGCCAACGAGCUCUAUGAUGCCGUGCGCAAGGAGCUUGCUCCUUCACUCCGCCCCGUCUUCCACGCUUUCCGUCAGAACCUCAUUGAUGCCCACGCCAAAGACCUGGGUCAUGACAGCCCAGCUUCGACUCCUGGCGCCGCUACACCAACCACUGCGGCCACUACCUCUACAUCCGCCAGCGCUGCUUCAACCACCCUAUCUUCCUCUGCAGCUGCUCCUGCAUCCAAGCAGUCCAAAGCCACGGUCUCGACAAGCUCAAGCGACGUGCGCGUGUCGAGCGAGCUUGCCAUCAGCACUCAGGAUCUGUGGGACCUGCUCACCAACCCAUCACGCAUCCCCAUGUGGACACGAGCGCCGGCUCAAUUUGAAGCGAAAGCGGACGCCGAUUUCGCGCUCUUUGGCGGCAACGUGACCGGAAAAGUGGUGAGCGUCGAUGCUCCCAAGCAGCUCAUUCAGAAGUGGCGCACACCCCAAUUCCCUCAAGGCCACUAUGGAACGCUGGCCGUCAAUCUCACCGAGGGCGGCGACUCGACCAAGCUGGAACUCGUGCUCAGCGGUGCUCCCUCUGGCGAUGAGGAGAUUGUCGAAAAGAACCUCGAGACCUACUACAUUCGCGGACUGAAGUCGAUGGGGUAA